AACAGCUCUCACUUCCGUAAACAACGCGGUUCGGUCUGGGUGAAAAUGAGCUAACACCUAAAGGAUUUGUGGUGUUAUUAUUAAGUAUCCGUUCUGCUUAUACAAACGGCGAAUUAAAGAUCGAGAAACACACUAAAACUCCCAUCUGCCAUGGUUCGCCUGACUGUAGAUCUGAUUGCCAGAUCUAACAAUCGCCUUAAAACCAAAAGAAAUUUCUCAAUCCAGCAUUAUCUCAAGAAAUUAACACAUCUCAACUUUUCAAACAGGAACAUCGAUGUUAUUGAUGACCUUUCCAUGUGCAGAAACCUCAAAGUCCUAUACUUGUAUGACAAUCAAAUUACACACAUUCGCAACCUGAAUUUUGCUUCCAAUCUCACACACUUGUACAUGCAGAACAACAAGAUCACUCACAUCGAGAACUUGUCAUGUUUGCAGAAGCUCUCCAAAUUGUUUCUAGGGGGCAACUGCAUUACGCUGGUCGAGGGUUUGGAGCAAUUGAGAGAGCUGAAGGAGCUGCACAUCGAAGGCCAGAGACUCCCACCAGGAGAGAAGCUGCUCUUUGACCCUCGUACUGUUCACAGCCUGUCGGCAUCAUUAUGUGUUUUGAAUAUUAACAACAACAACAUUGAUGAGAUACUGGAUCUGGCCGUUCUUAACAAACUGACACAUUUAUAUGCUGCAGACAACCAGUUAGAGGACAUACAGGAAUUGGAGACGGUGUUUUGCCAAUGGCCUCAACUGCAUCGGAUGAAUUUGCAUGGAAAUCCAGUCUGUCUUAAACCCAAAUACAGAGACAGACUUAUAACUGUUUGCAAAUGCCUGGUGGAACUCGAUGAGAAGGAGAUACCUGAGUUGUCUAGGCAGUUCUUAAUCAACUGGAAAGCCUCAAAAGACACCAAGAAGAAAAUAACAGAUGGUAGAAUCACGACAGGACAAAUCACAUAUCCCUUUUCUGCUGACUUUCACUUGGGCCCUCAACAUCCCAUUGCUUAUAACUCUGCUGGCUUUCCGGGGAAGAGGAAGCCGCUCUGGUUUGGGAGACCCACCAUGAAAAUGAGGUCAGGCCCAGUGCGGACAGAUUGCGGAGGCGUAAGAAUCACGAAGACCCCCUGAGCGCAGGAAUAAUUACAGAUAUUCAACAGACGAAAGUUCAGAGUCACAUGGCUGUCUGACCAUCCUCUAGAAGAAACUCUGCGGACCUCUUAGACUUUUCCCAUGGCCUGUACCCCGCACACAGACAGUUCAUCACGAGGGCAUGUGGAAUGGAUCUGAGCGCUCACAAAAAGAUCAAGUCCACAGUAAUUGUCUGUCAUAAUGUCAGAAUGCCACUUUCAGAGCUGUAACACACUGUCAGCAAGCACUCUGAGACACAUUUCGCUCUAUGCGCUCACACACUGCCUCUGUAUUCGAUCAGUUUAUUAGCAGCUAUUUGAUCAAAUGAUGCCUGUAGGAAUUUCUGUUUUUAUCAGAUUCCAAUGAGCUUUAUCUAAAGGCCUUGUUUGGGGUGUUUUUAAAUGUAUUUUAUUUUAAUGAGUGUACUAUUUGUUGAAUAUCAGGACUUCCUGUUAUUUACAGUAUGAGUCAGUGUUUGCAUUAAAAUAUAUUCUUCAUUCUUUAAUCUGUGCUUUGUGUCUCUAAUUGACAUACGUACACUUGUACAUUCAACAUUGACAGCCAUUUUAGAGUUUUCUGUCGUAAUAUUCAAAAAUUUGUUCUUAUAUUAUUUGUUUUACAUUAUUAUUGCCAUUUUUUUACAACCUUGUAAAAUUUGCUAAACACAUUGUUCCUUUGUAACUCUGUACAAACCUUAAAAUGCUAAAUGAUAACUAUAUUCCUCUUGAAUCUAUUUUUUUUGUAACGUGCAACACAUUAAACAAAAAAAAAUUAAGAGUGAAAUAUGUCAAAUAUGUGAAUCAAAAGUUUUACUUUUAUGUGGAGCCAUUUUGUUAUCAUUCAAAUAAUGAAGGUUACAAUAAAUAUAUUGACUGU